GCGAGAAAAGCGAACCUAACCCGUCGGGGCCGCUGCUCCGGACCCGCCGCCGCCGCCGCCGCCUCCUCCCCCCGGAUCGGGUGUACUGUCCCAACCCGAAAGUCCAGUUCUGCGGCCCGGCAGCGGCGAGCGAGCGCGAUGACACAGGAGUACGACAACAAACGGCCAGUGUUGGUUCUUCAGAAUGAAGCACUUUACCCACAGCGGCGCUCCUAUACAAGUGAAGAUGAAGCCUGGAAGUCUUUCCUGGAAAACCCGCUCACUGCAGCAACCAAAGCGAUGAUGAGCAUCAAUGGAGACGAAGACAGUGCAGCUGCACUGGGCUUACUCUAUGACUACUACAAGGUUCCAAGGGAGAGAAGAUCAUCCACAGCGAAACCGGACGUGGAGCACCCAGAGCCGGAUCACAGCAAAAGAAACAGCAUACCCAAUGUGACUGAGCAGCCGCUCAUCUCCACUGGCGAAAACAGAGUGCAGGUUCUGAAGAAUGUGCCUUUCAACAUCGUCCUUCCCCAUGGCAACCAGCUGGGCAUUGAUAAGAGAGGCCACCUAACCGCUCCUGACACGACAGUCACCGUCUCCAUAGCGACGAUGCCCACCCACUCCAUCAAGACAGAAACCGAGCCUCACAGCUUUGCUGUGGGGAUCCCCCCGGCAGUAUACCACCCCGAGGCCACCGAGCGUGUGGUGGUCUUUGACCGGAACCUGAGUACUGACCAGUUCAGCUCUGGGGCCCAGCCCCCCAAUGCUCAGAGGCGCACGCCAGACUCUACCUUCUCAGAGACCUUCAAGGAAGGCGUUCAGGAGGUUUUCUUCCCCUCGGAUCUCAGUCUGCGGAUGCCUGGCAUGAAUUCAGAGGACUAUGUUUUUGACAGUGUUUCUGGGAACAACUUUGAAUAUACCUUGGAAGCUUCGAAAUCACUGCGACAGAAGCCAGGGGACAGCACUAUGACAUACCUGAACAAAGGCCAGUUUUAUCCCGUCACCUUAAAGGAAGUGAGCAGCAACGAGGGGAUCCACCACCCAAUCAGCAAAGUGCGGAGCGUGAUCAUGGUGGUGUUUGCUGAAGACAAGAGCAGAGAAGAUCAGUUGAGGCAUUGGAAGUACUGGCACUCCCGGCAGCACACAGCUAAACAAAGAUGCAUUGACAUAGCUGACUAUAAAGAAAGCUUCAAUACCAUCAGUAACAUUGAAGAGAUUGCUUAUAACGCCAUUUCUUUCACUUGGGACAUUAAUGAUGAAGCAAAGGUCUUCAUCUCCGUGAACUGCCUGAGCACGGAUUUCUCCUCUCAGAAAGGCGUGAAGGGCCUGCCUCUGAAUAUCCAGAUUGACACCUAUAGCUACAACAACCGCAGCAACAAGCCCGUGCACCGGGCCUACUGCCAGAUAAAAGUCUUCUGUGACAAGGGAGCUGAACGGAAAAUCAGGGAUGAAGAAAGAAAGCAGAGCAAAAGAAAAGGCAAGUGUACUGACCCCAGCUCCCAGUUGAACGCCUUUUCCGAUGUGAAAGUGCCACCACUUCUCUCCCACAAGCGAAUGGACAUCACAGUGUUCAAGCCUUUUAUUGAUCUCGACACCCAGCCCGUCCUGUUCAUCCCCGACGUGCACUUUGCCAACCUCCAGCGGGGUACUCACGUCCUUCCCAUUGCCUCAGAAGAACUGGAGGGUGAAGGGUCUAACUUGAAACGAGGCCCUUAUGGGUCUGAGGAUGACUUUGCAAUCCCGCCCCCGGCAAAGCUGACCCGGCUAGAAGAACCAAAGAGAGUGCUGCUCUAUGUCCGGAAGGAGUCUGAAGAAGUCUUCGAUGCCCUGAUGCUCAAGACCCCGUCGCUGAAAGGCCUGAUGGAAGCUAUAUCGGACAAAUACGAUGUCCCCCAUGAGAAGAUUGGGAAGAUAUUCAAGAAAUGUAAAAAAGGGAUCCUGGUGAACAUGGAUGACAACAUCGUGAAACACUACUCCAACGAGGACACCUUCCAGCUGCAGAUCGAAGAGGCUGGGGGCUCGUACAAACUCACCCUCACCGAGAUCUAAGGGCCCGCGGCCCGCACCUCCCAGCAAGAGAAGCGAAGACGCUCCGUGGGCUGACUGCAAAGCUGCAGGAGCCCUGGGCGGCCGCCGUCCGAACCACGCAGGCGGCGUCUGCGGGCGGGGCUCCUGGGGAGUUGAAGACGGCACUACACUUGGCUUGGAGAGAGCACGGACUGGGCCGCAUUGGCGCUUUUCCAUGAACAAAGAAACCCAUCUUCCAUUACGUUUGAAUUUUCUUCUCUAAGUACUUAGGAUUGAAAGUGAAAGCUUGGCUCCUAGACUGACUAGACUGGGAAACUCUAGACCCUCCGCUGCGUUAUUUAUAACAGUCGGAGGCUCGCGACCUUGCCGCCUCCUCCGAGUUGGUGGGCCUGUUCACUGGGGCAGGCAUGAGAAAGCCAUAGGCCCAGCUCUCAGGCUUCGAGCCCUUCCCGGCACCCCGUGCACCUGACCGCCUUGGGGCAGCGGGAGCAGCGGCCGAAGAGACAGGGUGGGCCCUGACCUGUCUCCCUUAGCCUCUCACCCCCCAAGAAAUGUUUACUCAAAUAGGGCACGUUACUGAAAUCUUCCUUCUAACUUCUUGAUCGCCUGCCUUUCUUAUGAAGAACUUACAUGGGUUACAGUAUGCAUCGGUUAAGCUAAAGCUGCAUUGUAUAUACGUGCAAUACAUUUUUGAAUGCUUGUGAGUGUAAAUGUGUACAUACAUGUCUUAUAUAAAUAUAUAAUAUAUAAAUAUAGCACCUGUGUACAUAGAGCGAAGAGAUGCAAUAAGGUCUACCUUAGAGACUUUUCUCCAAUGAAAGGUUAAGUUAUUUUUGAUAACAUAGAACAAGCAGAGAGUACGCUUAGGGGAACCCACUGAAACGGUUUUCUCCACAUUUUCCCAAACACGGCAGUCAGUCGAUGCACUGUAGCACUGUCGUCCCGUUGUUCAUCGAUUUGCUCGAGCGGGCACCAGUAACAUCUCCAAUUGUGAGACUUCUUGUUACUGUUUUUGGCAUAUCGAAUACACCACGGGUAGCUUGCCAGGCUCUGCUCUGCGGGCGGGAUACUCUCGGGUGCUUGCCGGGCUCUCCAAGAGGGAUGGAGGAAUUGAACCUGGGUCGGCCGUGUGCAAGGCAAACCCCUACCCUCUGUGCUAUCGCUCCAGUCCAGUCGAUCCAUAGCAUAGCAACCACAGGGAUUCUGUUGCCUCUGGAGAGUGUCGUUAUGUGGUUUUCUGCACUGCUCAGCCAGUGCAUUUAAGGAAGAAAACACAAGUGCAGCUAAUACUUGUAUGUGCUAGUGUCCAUCCGAGGUGGCGACCCAUUGAGGAGUGACAUGCCGGGAUUCUGUGUAUCAGGUGAUACAACUCAGGACAGAGUCCUUCCCGCCCUUCCCAUUUGUAACAAGAAAAAUAUUUCUGUGUCAGCCUGGGGCAGAGCUUUAAGACUUUGAUUGUGUGUCGUAUGCCAUCCAUUCUAGAGAGCAUGCGCAAAUUUAUGAGACUUUAUUAUAGGGGAACAUUUUGUACACAUGUUUAAGUAUAUUGAAAUACGAAAAAGUGUAAUUUUAUAGCAAAAUCACGGGUAUCUCUAGGUUCAGGGAAUUAGACUAGGUCAUUUGUAUUAGUAGGAUGCAUAGUUAUGUUCUUACAAUAUGCUAAUGAAGUAUGAGGUAAAUUGCUGGUUUUCUAAGAUGAUAUAUCAUGGGACACGGGUCAUAUAACACUUUUAUAUUUUGUUUUAUGAAGUUGAUUUCAUCUUGUUUUUAAUUGUACCAUUGAAAAUGUAUUUUAAACCAAAGGGAUUAAAUUUUAUAUGUCUA